AUGGAAGUAAAAGGAAGCAGCAACAGCAACAACAGCGCCGUGUUAAUAAGCCACAGCGAGGAGGAAGAGAUGAUGGAUCUCCGAAGAGGGCCAUGGACGGUGGAUGAAGACCUCACACUCAUCAAUUACAUUGCCACUCAUGGCGAAGGUCGCUGGAAUUCCCUUGCUCGUUCUGCCGGACUCAAACGAACUGGGAAGAGUUGUAGGUUGAGGUGGCUCAACUAUCUUCGUCCUGAUGUUCGUCGUGGUAACAUCACACUUGAGGAACAACUUCUCAUCCUUGAACUCCACACUCGUUGGGGAAACAGGUGGUCUAAAAUUGCACAAUAUUUGCCUGGAAGAACUGACAACGAGAUCAAGAAUUAUUGGAGAACUCGUGUUCAAAAACAUGCCAAACAACUCAAAUGUGACGUGAAUAGCAAGCAAUUUAAGGACGCCAUGCGCUACCUUUGGAUGCCACGGCUGGUUGAACGCAUUCAAGCAGCCGCGGCCGCCUCCACCACCACAACUACAGUCGUAGCGCCAACCAACACCAGUAUUAAUAAUAAUAAUAAUAAUGCAUACACUUACAACAACAACAACCUCAAUAACAAUUUUGAGGUUCACAAUGGGAAAAUGAUGCUAACUACUACUCCUCCUCCUUCGGUUAUGGCCAAUAAUGAUUUUGUGGGUUCACAAAUUACCACACAAAGUUACAACACUCCGGAGAAUAGUAGCACAGCAGCAUCAUCAGACUCGUUUGGGACUCCAAUCUCGGAUUUUAAUGAUUAUUAUAAUAGUAACAACAUUAAUAAUCUAGGAGAUAAUAAUUUCUACCAAGCUUCUCAAACAUUGUUCUCUCAUGAACAAGGAAUGGAUCUUCAAAGCAUGAUGAUGGUGGAGUCAAACACACCCUGGAUGCAAAGUGGGGAUACAUCGGACAAUUUUUGGAAUGUUGAGAACAUGUUGUUUUUGGAGCAACAACUCAUGAAUGACAACAUGUGAAAAACAUCAUAGGAAUUGAACAAGAUUAUUAUGGGCCUGGGGAAAUUUUAUUUUAUUUUAUUUAUUUCAAGAAAAAGACAAGAAAACAAGGGCUGCUAGCUGUUGUGGAAUAUAGAGUCGGAGAGAUGAAAAGUUUAGAAGUUAGAAAUAAAAUAAAUUCAUCAUAUACACAUAGAAUCUAUGAUAGACAGUAGAGAUUUUAUUUAAAUUG